AUGAUAAUGUUGCCAAAUAUUCCGGACUUUCCUCUUGUAGCUUUGGGAAUAUUGGAGGCUGGAGGAAUUAUAAGUACUGUGAACCCCUUAUACACAGCUCACGAAAUUCAUCGCCAAAUACUUAUGUCUGAUGCAAAAGUUAUAGUGACUCUGGCAGAAUCGGUGGAUGUUGUAAAAAAUGCUUUGAAACUCGCAAAAGUGAACAUUCCUAUUAUUGUUGUUAAAAACAAUGGUGAUGCAUUGCCAGAAGGAACGGUGGCAUUCAACGAACUUAGCGAAGAUGUUCACGUCGAUAAAUCUUGCUUAAAAGAAGUUAGACGUACACCCAAAGACAUAUGUUUUUUGCCAUAUUCUAGUGGCACCACAGGACUUCCGAAAGGAGUUGAACUUACGAACAGAAAUAUUAUAGCAAACUGUGAACAGAUUAAUGAACCAUCCAUAAAAUGUAGCGAAGAAACCACAGCAACUCAUCAAGAUAUAGUAAUAGGUGUCCUACCUUUCUUUCACAUAUAUGGAGCAACUGUCAUAAUGUUCAAUGGUAUCUCACAAGGACUGAAGAUUGUUACUUUAGAAAAAUUCCACCCUGACGUGUUUAUACAAACAUUGGAAAAACAUAGAAUAAACAUUCUGUAUCUAGCACCGCCUUUAGUACUUUUAAUGAUAAAUCAUUCUUUGUCAUCGCCGGAGAGAUUUCAAUAUUUGAAGCAUAUCAUCAACGGUGCUGCUCCAGUUGCGGCCUCCGAUAUAGAAAGAUUACUUGACAAAAUCCAGAGGAAAAUUCGUCUUGGUUCUGGUUAUGGCUUAUCAGAAACUUCACCAGUUAUUGCAAUGGCGGAUAGGGAGUCAGAAAGAUACGAUAUUAUUGGAAACUUAAUCGCGAAUACUGAAAUGAAGAUUGUUAAUGAUGAUCUCAAAGCGUUAGGACCGAAUCAGCUAGGAGAAUUACUAGUAAGAGGCCCUCAAGUGAUGCGAGGCUACAGAAAUAACCCCGAAAGCAACGCUAGUGCAUUUACUGAUGACGGUUGGUUCAGAACUGGCGACUUAGCCACUGUUGACGAAUUAGGUCGUCUGAAAAUAGCAGAUAGGCUAAAAGAACUUAUCAAGGUCAAAGGUUUCCAAGUACCUCCUGCAGAAUUAGAAGCCCUUCUCAGAGAUCAUCCGGCUGUAUUCGACGCAGCUGUAAUCGGUGUCCCUCAUCCAACGAAAGGAGAAUCACCAAAAGCCUUUGUUGCUCUACGACCCGGUGUUAAUGUUGAUACAAAGGAACUAUGUCACUUUGUUUCUGACAAAGUAGCAUCAUAUAAAAGGCUUGAUGAUGUAGUCAUCCUUGAUAGUAUCCCACGAAGUGCUGCUGGGAAAAUUUUAAGAAAGGAUCUUAAGGCUAAAUACUGCUAA